GCAGACAGAGCAAACGCAUACAACCUUCAGCAAUCCACUCGCACUCGACCGCGCUCAGUCACCUAACCGACGACGAUGUCGCUGGUGAGGCGCAGCAACGUGUUCGACCCCUUCGCCGACUUCUGGGACCCCUUCGACGGCGUCUUCCGCUCCCUGGUCCCGUCCGUCGCGCCGUCGGGCCGCGACACCGCCGCCUUCGCCAACGCGCGCAUCGACUGGAAGGAGACCCCCGAGGCGCACGUCUUCAAGGCCGACCUCCCCGGUGUCAAGAAGGAGGAGGUCAAGGUCGAGGUGGAGGACGGCAACGUCCUGGUCAUCAGCGGCGAGCGCAGUAAGGAGAAGGAGGACAAGAACGACAAGUGGCACCGCGUCGAGCGCAGCAGCGGCAAGUUCCUCCGCCGGUUCCGCCUGCCGGAGAACGCCAAGACGGACGAGGUGAAGGCCGGGCUGGAGAACGGCGUGCUCACGGUCACCGUGCCCAAAGCCGAGGUCAAGAAGCCUGAGGUGAAGGCCAUCGAGAUCUCCAGUUAAGCAACCCUGGUCCCUGGACGUGGGAAGAAGCUGUGAUGAUGAUGCUCCGGUUCUGGUCGUGAUCGGUUGAUGUCUGUGUCAUGCAUAAGCAUAACCUGCUGCCUGCAAUCAGUGUUCUCUGUAUGUAAUCAUGCAUGUUGAGCAUAUAUGAAAGUAAAUAAAGCACUACUCCUGCAUCCA